AUGAGCCAGACGUCUAAGUUGAAAAAUGAUGCGACGACUUCCGAUUCACAACAAACGACUGAAACAAAGGUCUACUACUAUCUUGACGAUGAUCCCACUCCCUUUGUAUCUAUUCUUCCUGUGUCGCAGGAUUUAGCGACGUUAAGAGACUUUAAGAAAGUAUUUACUAGGAAAGGUUUCAAGUACUUCUGCAAAGGACUAGAUACCGAUAUCAAUAGGGAAGUGAAAAUCGAGCUUUGUGACGAUUCAGCUCCUCUAAAGAGGUCAACAAAUGGUUUAAUCGAGCUAUUUCUGCAUAGCUGUGGUGGUCCAGUUGGGAUCCCUCGCUCUGGUACGCUACCUAGAAGGGGUCAGGCUGAAUACGUGCAUAAUGUAGACCUUUUGGACAAGCCUGGUAGACGACGGUCGCUUGUUAAUUUGGAUUUGCUCGACGCUUCUGAGAGUACACAUCCUGCCAGCAGCGUAGGAGGGACGAUAGUUAGCAGACGAGCUGGUGAGCACCUCGCUGAGGUCUACACUUCUAAUUCCGAGAACUUCUAUAAUGAUUCUACUAGGUUUUCUGCCACAGCAUCAUCUUCUCUUUACGAGCCGCUCUGCGCUAAUGGUGGCUAUAACGACGGCGUGAAAGUGCGAAGGCGAAAACCGCGGAAGGAGCGAUUCCGAAAGGCAUAUGUUCCAAGCACUAUUAGCUCUAUUACUGAAAGCAGUAUGACUAGCUUAUCACUCCCUCGUAUUCUGGAGGUUAAUCUUUCGAUGAGAACAACGCCGUAUCUCGGAAUAUCCGUAGGAAGUUUCCAGGGGAGCAUACUUGUCAGCGAAAUCUUGCCAGACGGUGCUGUUGCUAAAGAUGGUCGCAUUGAGGUUGGCGAUCAAAUCGUACAAGUCAACAACAAGUCAUUUGAGAACUUAACGGAGGCUCAGGCAGUUCGCUUGCUAAGAGAAGUAGCAGCUGCAAAAAAGCCUUUGACGUUGUUCGUUGCGAAGUAUUCUCGCGGUAAUGACUACGAUCCCUUAUCAACUCUAGCGUCGGAAACACUGCCGCUCGAUGUUUCGCUCUGGGUCCAGACAGCUGUUCAAUGUUCUGAAAGACAGCGAAUUUAUCGGGAAAGAGGAAUUCCUGACGAUUUGACACAAACAUUUGAUGAAAAUGCUUUGGCCAACACCGGAGAAACGGAUGACGAAGAGGAACGUGUUCUUUACGAACAACGACGUCAUGGCGUACCAACGGCGCAAGCAAACAUGGAAGAGUUGGAACGACGAAGAGAAAAUGAACAAAACGAGCACAAAGCUACUCAACGCUUGUCAAUAACUAUGGACCCUGUUGUGAUCUUGAGAGCACUUGCGCGCCCGGACUCCGGACUCCAGGUGAAGAACAGGAAAUGGCUAAAGAUACUUGUCCCCAUGUCUUUCAUAGGUCGAGACCUUGUCGAUUGGCUCUUGGAGCACGUUGAAGAUCUAAGCGAUAGGAAAGCUGCUCGACAUUAUGCUGCCGAACUCCUUAGAGCGGGACUCAUUAGGCAUGUUGUAAGCAAGCUGACAUUCACCGAAAAGUGCUAUUACGUCUUUGGCGACGCCGUCGUAGGAAUUAGGGGUGCUGCAGACAGUACCCAGAAUAGUGGAGGAACUAUGAAGGUGGAGGCAACGACGGAAGUCACUUACGUAGGCUCACCAGCUCCUACUGGAAAUCAUCACGGCAAUUUGAUUCGUACGCACGUGCAACCUCCAGCGGGUCCACAUCAGGUAGCGGAUCAGACGUGGCCGUUCAGUCCAAUUACAGCGUUUGAGUCCACACGGAGAUUUAGAAACGAUUGCGAGAGUCCAGUGACGAAUGAUUACGCAUCGAUGGUAGGAGGUGAAAGCAGUGCUUCCUAUGCAAUAGGAGUUGGUCGAGGAAUCCCCCGAGUGUUGAACACGCCUGUAGAUGGAACUUCUGAUCUGCAGUCAAACCUCGCUCCUCCUCAUCCAAGCCCUUGUGAGACAGUGUUCGAAGACGAUGACAAAAGAAGGAUUCUGAGACGAUAG